CAGAUUGCCUUCCUUCAGGGGGAAAGGAAAGGUCAAGAAAAUCUGAAGAAGGAUCUUGUGAGGAGGAUAAAAAUGUUGGAAUAUGCUCUUAAACAGGAAAGAGCCAAAUACCACAAGUUGAAAUAUGGGACAGAAUUGAAUCAGGGAGAUAUGAAGCCUCCAAGCUAUGAUUCUGAUGAAGCUAAUGAAACAGAAGUGCAGCCACAACAGAACAGCCAGUUAAUGUGGAAACAGGGUCGACAGCUACUCCGACAGUAUCUCCAGGAGGUGGGUUAUACUGAUACUAUUCUAGAUGUUAAAUCCAAACGAGUGCGUGCUUUAUUGGGCUUUUCAAGUGAUGUCACUGACAGGGAAGAUGACAAAAAUCAGGACUCAGUUAUAAAUGGCACAGAAGCUGAAGUUAAAGAGACAGCAAUGAUUGGAAAAUCCGAGUUAACAGAUUCUGCCUCCGUGCUGGAUAAUUUCAAAUUCCUUGAAAAUGCAGCCACAGAUUUCAGCGAUGAAGAUGAAGAUGAUGACAUUGAUGGAAGAGAUAAAAGUGUCAUUGAUACUUCAACGAUUGUUAGGAAAAAAGUGUUGCCUGAUAGUAGUGAAGAUCGAGCUACAAAAGAAGCCCUGAAGGAAUUUGACUUUUUGGUUACAUCAGAAGAAGGAGACAAUGAAUCUAGAAGUGCAGGUGAUGGAAUAGAUUGGGAAAAGGAAGACCAGUGUCUCAUGCCUGAAGCCUGGAAUGUGGACCAGGGAGUAAUUACCAAACUCAAGGAACAAUACAAAAAGGAGAGAAAGGGGAAAAAGGGGGUGAAGAGAAAAACUACCGAAGAUCUGUUUCAGCCUCUAUCCUAUAUAAAACAGUCAAAACAGGGAUGUGGGAGAAUGAAGAAUCAAAGCUCAGGGCCCAAUAGGUCAAAACUACAAGAUAUGCUUGCUAAUUUGAGAGAUGUUGAUGAACUUCCUUCAUUGCAGCCAUCUGUGGGUUCACCUUCCAGACCCAGCUGUUCCAGGCUUCCUGAACAUGAAAUUAAUAGGGCAGAUGAAGUGGAAGCCCUGACAUUUCCUCCUUCUUCUGGGAAGUCAUUCAUCAUGGGAGCAGAUGAAGCACUUGAAAGUGAACUGGGACUUGGAGAAUUAGCAGGCCUCACUGUGGCCAAUGAAGCAGAUUCACUAGCUUACGAUAUAGCAAAUAAUAAAGAUGCAUUGAGGAAGACUUGGAACCCUAAGUUUACUUUAAGAAGUCACUUUGAUGGCAUUCGAGCCCUUGUUUUCCACCCAGUUGAGCCUGUUUUGAUAACAGCAUCAGAGGAUCACACAUUGAAAAUGUGGAAUUUGCAGAAAACAGCCCCAGCUAAAAAGAGUACUUCUCUUGAUGUUGAGCCCAUCUAUACAUUCAGGGCUCAUAAAGGUCCAGUGCUCUGUGUGGUAAUGAGCAGCAGUGGUGAGCAGUGUUUCAGUGGUGGUACUGACGGACUCAUCCAGGGCUGGAACACCACUAACCCCAACAUCGAUCCCUAUGACUCUUACGAUCCUUCUGUUCUAAGAGGCCCUCUGCUAGGCCACACAGAUGCAGUUUGGGGUCUGGCUUACAGUGCAGCACAUCAGCGUUUAUUGUCCUGCUCAGCAGAUGGCACUCUUCGUUUAUGGAAAACAACUGAGGUUGCUCCUGCACUAACUGUAUUUAAUGAUAAUCAAGAAUUGGGAAUUCCUGCCUCUGUGGAUCUAGUGAGCAGUGACCCAAGCCAUAUGGUAGCAUCAUUCAGCAAAGGAUACACGAGCAUCUUUAAUAUGGAAACACAGCAGCGCAUUCUCACUUUAGAAUCCAAUCUCGAUUCAAUGUCUAGCUCCUCCUGCCAAAUAAAUAGAGUCAUCAGUCAUCCCACUCUUCCGAUCAGUAUCACUGCUCAUGAGGAUAGACACAUCAAAUUCUAUGAUAACAAUACAGGCAAACUGAUCCACUCAAUGGUAGCCCACCUAGAAGCCGUUACAAGUUUAGCAGUUGAUCCCAAUGGCCUCUACUUGAUGUCUGGAAGUCAUGACUGUUCAAUACGUUUAUGGAAUCUAGAAAGUAAGACAUGUAUCCAAGAGUUCACGGCUCAUCGGAAAAAAUUUGAAGAAUCAAUUCAUGAUGUAGCUUUCCACCCAUCUAAAUGCUAUAUCGCCAGUGCUGGAGCUGAUGCGCUUGCUAAAGUCUUUGUAUGACAUGAUGCAUCGUCUUCACCUUCUAGCUCUUUAUAAAUAAUCAACUGCACAAAAGACAUACAGAAGACCAGGGAAAAAUCAACUGUCCCUGCCCUUUUGUUCUGCUGAAGGAGCACAGAAAACAUUUGUUAAAGUAUAGUUUUGCAAUUCCUAUACUGUUUUCUAAAAUUAGGGUUUGUUCAGGUUGCUGCAAGCUCAGCUGAAUCUGUGAGCCUGAAAACUGUUUAAAAUUCCCCCCCAAUGAGGCACUUUUAUUUCUGAAGUUAUUCUAAUUCACCAGGCAGUCCUGAGCAAAUACAGGUUUAGCUUGUCUUUAUUGAGGAAACAGGGCAUGCGAUAGUAGAUAAUUAAAAGUUGGAUGGCUGGACAUGAUAGAAGAAGAGCAGAAGCCUAGACCUACUUCUCCCCUGAGAAACCCUGUUUAACAUAUUAGGUAGUCAAAACAGUAAUCUUUAUUAUAUUUGCUGUACUAACCCCAAUGUUUAUAAUGACCAGACCAGUGUUAAAAUGAGCUUUUAGUUUAGCUCCCCUGUAAGCUGUUUGCAUAAAAUACGUGGCAAAGCAUUUUACCUAUUAAGGAAAAAGGUGCAAUAAUAGGUUAAGUACAUUACUAUUCAGAAAGGCUGAACAAAUAUUUAAUUUGAAAGCAGAUUUUUAUAUUGUAAUACAGUUUUGAAAGUAGAUUUGGUACCAUUCUAAAGUCUUGCUAUUAUUACACAUUCACCUUUAUGAAGAAUAGUUGAGAAUAUUGUACUAAAAGAUUUAACUUCAAAUUAGAGAUUCUGUUUAUUUUUAAGGCAAAUGGCAUUUCUUUAUAAUAAUUUCUAUUUUAAAAUUCACCUUAUUCAUGUGAUAUUUAUAGUACCAGAUUGAUUAUUUCAUAUUAAUGAAAUUUUACCUUCCAGUGACUAAAAAAAAAGACAAAAGUCCUUUAGUGGUACUCAUUUUUACUCCCACAUAACCAUGCUUCCUACAUAACCUGCUCUUUCUUCCUUGUUUCCUACCUUCAAGUUAUCUGACACCGAACAAAAAAUGGUUCAUAAUUAUUAUGUUUUAAUCUUCCAAAGAGUGUGGUUAGCCUCAGGCAGCUGCUUUAACAGCAGCACUCAGUAAAACAAGUGUUUUGUACCCUAGUAAUCCUCUGUUAGUAACUUUAAGAAGAAUAUCCUGAAAACCUAGAGGGAAGAGUUUAAUAUCAUAUGUUGAUGAAAAGAGCCGCUCUCUUUUUAAUUGGAAUACACAUUUUGAUGUGCAGUAAAUUAAUAAUUUUUUCCAAAUCCACUUUACCUAUUUUGGGAUUCUCAUGACCCUACUAUCUGCAGUUAGUGCCUAUCAUGCCACUCUGUUCCCUACAAUUGGUAUGCCUCCUGUCAUACUCCUCUUCUUUGCCCCAAAUGACAGAGCCUAAUGUAAAUAUUAAAAAUAAAUUCUCGUUGUCGAGCUUUUCACCAAAAUGUGCAUACAAUAGGCUCUAUCCAUAAAAUUAUAAAAUGAUACCCACAAAUGCUAUAUCCAUAAAUAUUUCACCCAUUAAGGUAAUUCCUACGUUCCUAUCCCUACAUAUUUCAUUGUCAUAGUACUGAAAUUUUUGAUGAUAGGUACGUCUACUUCUUGAAGAAGUAUUCUCAUGGUGGUAGGGAUAAUUGAAAAUAUUUCAUCUUUGUGCUUUGGUUAAUGAGCAGGUUUGAAAGAUUUUAUAUAAUCAAGUGAGUUAACCUAGCAUAAACUACCAGGUAAAUGCUUGUAUUUCCAUGCAUAUAUAGAAUUCUACAUUGUGUUUGGUGAAUUCUUUUUUGUUCUUCAUGAAGUGAAGAAAGGGUGUUGCUAACUAACAUUGGUACAAUACUGGGAAAUCCCAGUGAGAUGCCCAUACUUGGUGUGUUUCAUCAUGGAUGACCACAGAGCUAUUGUUCUACCGAUUAUUGCUUUAUUUACCUUCUAGGUCUUCAGUGUCUGCUUUACUCAUGUCACAGAAAUUCUGAAAACCAAGACACCCUCUUUCCCUGUGCCCAUGGUUGCAGUUCUCUGUUAGUGGAAAAUAACCUAGAGAUGUGCUAACAGUGCAAAUGAUGGAACUGUUGAAAGUUCCUUAGGAAGCCAGUGCUGCGCCCCUUGAGAUUGUACAUAGAGUGCUCGCUUCGGCAGCACAUAUACUGAGAUUGUACAUAGAAAGAUUAUUAUAUACUAGCACUGUAUGAACCUAGCCUAGAAAUGAGCCAAAGCUGUCUUCCAAUCAGAUGGUAGCAUAUUCAUGUUUCUGACCUUUCUCCAUCCUAUUGAAAAUUCAACAGAAAUUGACAGAAUGAACAAAUUGAGGGUUGAGUCAUUGAAAUGCUUUCAUAAUGCUUGAAUUAUAGAUAUUUUGGAUGGAAUGUAUUGGAAUAGUACGAAAAUCAGGUGGUGUGGGUCCCUGCCUUAUUUUCAUAUGCUAAGAAUGCAUCUCUGGGAGCUUGCAGUACCCUUUUCAACACUCAGCUGUCAUGUGGAGCUCAUUUGCCACUCAAACCAUAGACAAAUAUUUAACAUAAGUGAUAUAUAAUGACCUUCAGUAUUUUUCUAUUGAACAAAUUUAGCAAUUUUUGCCAUUAAACAGAUAGUUAUGCAAAGUAUUUAGCUUUUAUAAUCAUUUUAUGACUAAAAGGAAAUUUAGCUGUAUCACUGAUAAUGAACUUUGUGGGAAAUUUUUGUUUAUCUGACUUUCAUUCCUUCAGUAUUCUUGC